AUGAAAAGAACGGAGGAUGGCAAGUUCCAACGCUUCUACGACCAAUUGAAAGGGCUGUCAACGAAUAUCCCAUUUCUUGAUGCAUUCCAGGAAAUACCGGGAUUUUCUAAAUACCUGAAAGAUUUGUUGACAAAGAAAAGGCCAAUCAAGCAUGAUACGAUGGGAGUCACUCACCGUGUGAGCGCUAUUAUUUCGUCAUCAAAGGUUGAAAAGAAGGGAGAUCCCUGGGCUUUCACUAUCCCUUGCACCAUCGGUCAUCAUGAUUUUUCUAGUUCUUUAUGUGACAAUGGGGCUAGUAUUAAUUUGAUGCCACUAGCCAUAUAUAAUAAAGCCGAUUUGGGAACACCUAGACCAACGAGCAUGCGUCUCCAAAUGGCUGAUAAAACCAUCAAAUGA